AUGUCUGAACAUAAGUGGGGCAGUGGAGAAAGGUCGCUAUCAUCAAAUCCUUCGGUGUUCAAUGAUUUACUGUUAAACUGGUGUUCUACCACAACCUCCACAAACAUGUCACAUCAAGCGUGGGCCAUCGCCGACUUACCUCACCGUCAUUGGAAACUGAAAUAUCUACCUGACGAAUUCCGCUCCGAGGACAUAAAAGACGAGAACCAUCCAUACCACAGUCUGCUACAAACCUUCGACCAAAUAAGAGACCUCCAAUUCACCACCGACGACAUUCCGGCUUUGGCUUGUCUGGAACCAAAACUACAGCAGAUCGGCAAGAUCAUCGAUAAAUUGAUCGACCUUCCAGGACCUCAUGCCAAAGGAAUCUUUGACUUCACGGCACUGUCGGCGUACGUGCACACCAUAAACGAUCUGUGGUCGAAGAGGAACCAAAUGUAUUUGACACCGAUAUGGCGACAACCUUUGGAGUACAGGCAUCCCUAUCAGCACUACACCGAGAGUCUCGUCUAUGAUCCAAUAUUGCUCUCACAACUUUCACAGAUUAGUUUAAUAUUGGAUUGGUGGCUGGGAAAACCACAAUUCGACUUCUGGAUCGGCAUUAUCGACUUGAACUUUGACAAUUUUACAACACAACUGGAGGCUUAUGUUCAUUGUCUUGUUAAUUUAAUUAACGAACUUCUUCAUGACAACGUUCCUCCCCGAGAUUUGGAGGGAAAUUCAAUUGGAG